AUGCUCCCCCAGAUAUGGCCUCAAGGCUACAAACGGCUCGACUCCAGCAGCAGCCUUGAAGAUGUCGUCACCCCCGAGAAGAGUGGUUCAAGCCUCCAUCUCUUUGUAAAACGCCUUCUUCGUCUUCCCCUAAAAACAAGAGCAAUCCUCAUCGCUGCUCUCCUCAUUUUCCCCGGCCUACUAGCCCUCACUUCUCUCAAGGGCCGCGCAUUCUUGGCUGGAGAGAUUGCGACUGGCCAAGCCUAUGAGACGUACCCGCAGCAGGACAUUGCCAAGCUUCCUUCAAGGGAUCGACGGCUUAGUAUUGUCCUCCCUGCCAAUAACCCAGACCACGAUUUAUGCAAAGUCAUCACGAGUGCGUUGGCAUUGGGGUAUCCAGCUCCGGUUAUUGUGAACUGGGGUAAGACGUAUGAUAAGUCCAAGGGUUGGAAAGGAGGUUCUCAUCUUGCAAAGAUUACGGGUACUCUGGAGUAUCUCGAUAGCGUUUCAAAUCCAGACACUCCCGACGAGAAUAGACUUGAGGAGAAUGAUAUCGUUGUUCUCACGGACUCGUAUGACGUUUGGUUCCAGCUUCCGCCAGAAAUCCUCCUACAGCGAUACCACGAAGCAAACCGCUCAGUCCUCCACUGCGAUCAACUCCCUGAAAGCCCAGCUUGUAAAGACCUCUACGGACCGAAUACCCACAAAGACCCUGAAGUAUUUCACGAUGUACGACCGAAAUAUCUCAACAGCGGGAGCAUGAUUGGCCCUGUCGGUGAUAUGAGGAAGUACUUUCGUCGCGUGCAUGAGCGGAUGCAGAGAGGUUUGGUGAACGGCAAGGAUUUGUACAGCGAUCAAGGAAUAUUCGGUGAAAUUUUCGCGGAACAAGAAAUCUGGCGGCGCUGGCUUCGCAAGAAUACAGUGUCUCGAAAGGAUAGGAGCUUCGAAGUUAUGCAUAGCGACUUUGAGUACCAUGUCGGGCUGGACUAUACGCAGAAUCUGUUCAUCCCGACUGUUUUUGAGGAGCAAGAUGGGGAGAUUAUUGCGCUGAGUAACGAGACUGGUAUUGCAGAAAAGUCAGUGUCUCUCGGGAUUGAACCAAGAUUAGACGGUGUGCCAGACGACAUCCAAUCUUCCACAAACCCGCUGAACAUGCACGUUCUUCACGAUCCAGCAGAUUGGGGAGAUAUGCCCGUAUAUGCCGACUUCUACUCUACUGCCAUUCCCGUCGUCGUCCAUCACAAUGCUCAUAAGGAUGGAGCCAAGAAACGUCGAUAUCUCUGGUGGGACCGCAUCUGGUUCUUCCCGUACCUUCGCCAACUCAUCAAGGCUCAGUUAGCGAUCGUCGAAGCGGAGCCAUUACUGGACAUUGCCGUGAACGGGGAACGAUUGGUAUACUGGGAGUCGCGGUCGAAUAUCACUCAGAAGAAGCCGAAAACGUUCAUCGUCGAUUCGGGAAAGGCUAGUAUCGUGGAGCGUGAGUUUGGGCACGUUUGUCGAGCAAAGACGGAAAGGGCGGAGGCGGAGAAGCCGUGGUACGAUGAGGUAUUUCGGGAUGGACAGGGAGAGCUGUAG